CCAUGUGACUUGAGUGUGAGUGCAUUGCAUGACUUCAUAUAACUGUUUUCAUUUCCUAAACCUUUCCCACAAAUCCACGAUACGUUAUUUUUCCCCUACCUGCCUAUCAAUACCCUCUCUCUCUCUCUCUUCAAUAUUUUCCAUAAAUUUCUCUAACCUCUCCUCUACGCAGAUUUAGAUCUCAUCGUCAUCGUCCUUCUCUCCAAUGGCGGUGGUGUCACCAUUAGCCAAGUACAAACUGGUGUUUCUCGGCGAUCAAUCCGUCGGAAAAACCAGCAUCAUCACCCGCUUCAUGUACGAUAAAUUUGAUACCACCUAUCAGGCCACUAUAGGCAUCGACUUCUUGUCGAAAACUAUGUAUCUUGAAGAUCGAACAGUUCGCUUGCAACUUUGGGAUACUGCUGGACAAGAAAGAUUUCGAAGUCUUAUUCCAAGCUACAUUAGAGAUUCUUCAGUGGCAGUGGUGGUCUAUGAUGUUGCCAAUCGGCAGUCAUUUUUGAACACUACAAAAUGGAUUGAAGAAGUAAGAACCGAACGGGGUGGUGAUGUUAUUAUUGUCCUUGUAGGAAACAAAACUGAUCUUGUUGAUAAAAGGCAAGUUUCAAUCGAAGAAGGAGAUAAUAAGGCACGUGAAACCAAUAUCAUGUUCAUAGAAACUAGUGCGAAAGCAGGUUUCAAUAUAAAGCCUCUGUUUCGGAAAAUAGCAGCUGCAUUACCAGGAAUGGAGACUCUUUCCUCAACAAAACAGGAGGACAUGGUCGACGUGAACUUGAAGUCGACUUCGAAUUCGUCUCAAGCAGAGCAGCAAGGAGGAGGAUGUGCGUGCUAGAAAUAGUUGCAAAGGGAGGGGUAAAACAACAUUGGAAUUUUCUUUCAACACGUGUACGAGUUUUCGGAUCACAUGGUUUAAAUCUCUUUUUUCCGGUUGAGGAUAUGCUUCUUCAAGUUUCACAGGAAACAGAUUACUUUGGAGUCAGGAACAGCGACUGCUUCGCUUAGAAUUCGGAUAUUGUACUCUUGAACUAGUACAUGUAUUUAUACUAGUCUCUCUCUCUCUCUCUCUUAAUGGUGGAAUUUAUUAAAGUGGGAAAGUCUCACUGUUGUGUGAGAUAUGAAGUCUAACAAA